AUGCUCGAAUCCAGGCAAUAUGAGGAGCAUGGUGUAGAUCACACGCUUUCGGACCUGACAGGUUCUGACUUAUCGUGCGGAGUCGUCUCGCAAGAUCGAUUUGUAAAUGUUGGACUAGACGGCAGUGCUUGUGUGCAUUUAUUUUUCAAGAAGGAGAAUUGGGAUUACAGGUCAAGAGCUGAACUCGACAACACUCCAAAUGCGUCGCCUACACGUGAUCUCAACUGAAGAGCAACUUUUGACUUGGAAUUUGGAGGCUUGACUGUCUUCUAUACCGUUAUUUGUUUGAGUUUGGCGUGCUAAUGUUAUUUUUCCUAUCUUGUGAGAUUCCUUUUAUUUUCGUGCCUUGUGCAUCAAUAAAUCUCUGCGAGGUAAUC